GCUGGCUUUCAAAGAGUCCCCGAAUCGAUGAGCCCAUGGCACACCUCUGGAGGGGCGUCCUAUCGCAAUUUCCGCCCAUUCAUCACCAAAGACAGCAGCGUGUGAUGAUGUUGGCGGGUGACGAGCCUACAGAGGACAUGAGUAGAACCAAGGCGAUAGGUUUUCGAACACUGUGUCGGGCAAAGCUUGCUGACGGCUUCGCCUCGCUUUGUCGGGGACUGGUGGCAGAUAUCAGCAGACAAUUGCUAACUCUAGUCAUAUUCCACGAGGCUACUGUUACCUAAUAAAAACUGUAAGUUACAGAAUAUAGAUACAAGUCUGCUGCGGCAUGAAGGGUCUGAGCUGUUGACUGUUCAUUCAUGUCUCCUUUCACCGGGCCGAGCUCAGACCGGCACGCGGCAGCCGGCUACUGAGAUCCGUCAGCGGCCUCUGGCACAUGUUGGCCCUGUCGGAUGCUUCGUUCCCGUCUAUGGAGAUUCACUCAAAGUACCUGACCCUUAAAGUCUAGCAGAACUUUACCAUGAGACAGGGCUCACCGUGUCUUCAUCGCGGUCGAACCACCACAUUCCUUCCCCUGGACGGCGGGUCUAAUAAGCCUCCUAGCGUCUUGGAUCUACAUUCGGUGCAA